AUGACAGUGGAGCAAACUCCUUUACCAGUUCGGCCGGGACAGAGAUCCAGAGAGGAGAACUUGAAUCUGACAAUAGCUAAGAUUCGGGAGGUGACUGGAGCCCCAGACCACGUGAUUAAAGAAGCCAUUCAAGCUUGUGUUCGUACUGAUGGCACUAUUAAAGUGGACGAUGUGAUCACCACAAUCAUCGGAGAUGACACUGUGUCACUCGCCACCAGUGCAAAGAAAGCACAGCAGACAAACACGAAAGCCUUGGACACCACAGAUGCUCGACCAGGGUCAUCUAACGUGCCGUCUCCCUACUCAGGUGGGCCCAAACAGUCACCAUCGGCUGUUUCUGGAGUUCAGGCCUCCAGUGCUGAAGAAUACAUUGAUCUGACUCGGGAUACACAAGGAAUCCUUGGUGGACAGAUCACCAGAGAGGAGCAAGACAUUAGCAGAGUUUUGGAAGCAAGUCUGGCAGAAAGUAAAGGAAGCACAAAGAGAAAGCGGGGUGAAUUAUGGUUCAUUGAUCCUCUCAAUCCACAUGAACGAAGGAGACAAGAUGGCUGGCCCGUGGGUCUGAAAAAUGUUGGCAACACCUGCUGGUUUAGUGCUGUCAUUCAGUCUCUCUUUCACAUACACAAGUUCAGGGAUAUUGUGCUGAAUUACAAGAGUAAGGCGCUUCAGGACACUGAGAUGAGUCGCAACCUACGUUUCGUAUCUGAACUUCGUCAGUUGUUUGGUCUUAUGGUUGGCUCUGAAAGAAAAUAUGUGGAUCCCAGCAAAUCAGUGGACAUUCUCAAAGAGGCUUCCUCCACGGCAGUGUUGGACGGACAACAGGAUGUGAGUGAGUUUCAGCACAAGUUAUUGGACUGGCUAGAGGAUGCUUUUAGUGUACCAACUUCUGUGAAUGGUCAAGCAAAUGUGGAGAAUCCAGUCCAUCAGCUGUUUCAGGGAAAGUACAAAGCAGAGGGCUUUCAUGAAGGCAAGGUCUUCAGCCAGGAGGUCACGUUUGGACAGUACCCACUGAAUGUAGUUGGUUUCCGAGACAUUCAUGAGAGUCUUGAGGCCACAACAGCUCAGGGAGAAAUUGAGACCAUCAGUGGAGACUCCAGUCAGAAAUCUGGCCAAGAGAUUUGGUUCACUCACUUGCCAGUGGUUCUGACCUUUGAACUGUCCCGCUUUGGCUUCAACCAACAUUUGAACAGAGCAGAAAAGAUUCAUCAGCAGUUGACCUUUCCUCCUGUAAUAUAUUUAGAUAGAUAUCUUGAAUGUAACAAGUGCAUCACUCGACAAAAGCGAGAAGAAGCAAGAAAACUGAAAGAUGAACUGAGCAGCCUGCAGGCCAGGCUGGACAAGUUCAUGAAUUACGGGUCAAGCAACAAAAGGUAUCCAUUGCCAGAUGUCUUGCAGUAUGCCCUAGAGUUUGCUGAAAGCUCUCCUUCAUCUCAGCCACCCUGCACACCUUCCACUGUCCAGCUUUCUGUUGAUGUUGAGAUGGAAUCUCCUCUGCCCUGCUUAAGAGCUGGCAAGGAUGUGUCAAUGACUCACAGUGCUGAGUUUGAGUCUGUGCAACACUCCGAAGACAUGCUUCCAGCUCAGUCACCUUCAUCAGCCGCAACAACAGCAGUGACUACUGCAGCAGUAACCUUGCCUACCAACUCUUCAGCUGCUACCGAAAGUGUCAGCUUUUGUGUCUCAUCUCUGCCCACAACCGCCGCAGACACCGUUAAUCAAAACCUAUCCCAGCAUUCUCCUUCUGUUUCCUCUUCUGUUCCAGAAGCAAAGAAGUUCAAGGACUCCUCUGUACAGGUGGAGUUUACCACAACUUUAAUGCCGUCUUCGAUGACAACCGUAUCAAAUUCAGCUCAGUCUCCUUUCUUAUCAACUCCCCCGUAUCUCACAACGCUACCCCAGCCAUGCUGUAGCUCGUCUGACGACUUGAACAAAGUGACCAAGCCACUAGAGCCUCAUCCACGCAGUGUCACCACAGAGGAGCUCCGGGUUCUACAGGACUGUCUCCAGAGGUGGAGGGAAGAGGUGGAAGCUGAUGUCAGAGAACUUCAAAUUAACAUUGCUAGCCUGGUCGAGAAGUUAGACAGAAUGUAUUCUGACGACUACAUGAAAAAGUUUCCCUAUGACCUGCAUGCGGUUUUGGUGCACGAGGGUCAGGCAGUGUCCGGGCACUACUGGGCAUUCAUCUACGAUGAUCGAAGAGGCAAAUGGCUGAAGUUCAAUGACAUCACUGUCUCAGAGUCUUCGCUGGAGGAGAUGCAUAAGGAGAGUGUUGGAGGCUACCACAACGCCAGUGCUUACUGUCUGAUGUACGUGGACAGGUCCAGGCUUGGGGUCCAUCAGGAUAAUGCUAACAGAAGCGCUGGGGAUGCCACAGAGCCAUUGACAUCACUACCUCCCGACCUUCAGCAGAUCGUAGAGAAGGACAACACCAUUUUCAGACAGGAAAUUAUCUCUUGGGAUGAGGAACAGCGGAGAAAGUCUGCAGCUGCAGCAUCACCACCAGUACAUCAGGCAUCAGCCACCUCAACAGCAGCAGCUUCAACAAUGACAUCGUCAUCGUCGUCUCCUCAGGCAGGUGGGCAGUGGUCGGAAGGCCAAGUUCCGGGUCAGCUGCGAGGAAGGUCAGCAUCUGAUGACCUUGAUGUCGUAUGCACUGGAGAACAACGGCCAGGUGAGACAUCUAUUAUCAGACCGAUGAACACCAAUCUAUCUCGACUGGCAGGCAGCCAUGCCCAGCUGUCACUACAAGCCACCCUGUCAGCAGUUACCAACAUUACUCAGAACCACAACUCUGGCUUGAAGCCUCAAGACAUUGUUAUAAAGGCCACAGAAAGUGAAUUUUCACGACUGAAAGGUCUUUCGCGAACAUUGCUUACUAAACUACCAUCUGAAGAUCCACGCUUGGGCCACAUUGUCCUCUACCUGAUGUGUAGCUACGCAGACAACCACACAGUGACUGUGGUCCUCUUUGAGCAGUUUUCCCUGUGUGUGCUCUUGGAUUCUGUGAGCGUCUUGAAGGAUGUGCGACACUGUGCCCAUGAGAUGUACAGACAGUUUUACAGUAGAUUAGGAUCUGAGGGAGUCAAAUGCUAUGAGUUUUGGCAUAAGCGCUAUCAUCAUUUCAGGCAGGCUGUUCAUCUGUUUACUGAUGGAGUUGAAGCUUAUUGUCUUGAGAGAUACCAGGAAGCUUUGCCCUAUUUCAAUCAGGCCUGGCUGCACAAUCGUGAGCCAGAAGUAAUCCCAAGUAAUGUGGCCGACAGCGGCAUCAACCCUCACAUGCUGGCAUACUUCCGGCGGAAGAGUCUCCAGAAGUUGAAUGAGCUGACGUUGAAAAGUUUUGAAUGUGACCCAGACAUCACUGAUGCCUUAACAGCCAUGACAAACCAGAUACUACCAUCAUUGUCUCAGUUGACAGCAUCUGAACUGAAAGAGGAUGUGGCCGCAGUGGAGGAUAUUCGAGGGCGGUGGUGUCAGUUUUUGGAAAAAGAUCUUAAUGAGGAAAAGAUUGAGAGGCUUCAGGACUUCUUGUCCAAAAUGUUUGAGGGAAGCGGAGGGACUCUAGACGAGAAACCCAAGCAAGUGAGGAUGAGCAAUUGUACAACCACUCUGCAUGACAAGUACAUCGGAGUCAUGAGAAAACUGAAAGAACGAGGGGAGUUGAAUGUCUGGGCAGAGAAUAGUUAG